AGUCCGAUUGGGAAUUGUUGCGAUCUCCUUUUCUUUUUUUAAAUUUGAAAUAGGAGUCUUGUCUUCAAUAUGAUUCUUCACCUGAAAGUUAGAUAAGCGAAUAUUGAUGAUAGAGAUAAGCAGCAUCAAUUCGAUUCAAACCCUGUUUAAUUUUUAGGUUUAUAUUCCCAAGUGGUGGGAGUAUUUUACAGUAAUUUCAACAAGCAUCAAAAGCGAUCAAAUUGGCCAAUAGAGUCAAAGAUUUGAGGAGAAUUCGGAAGGUUGGCUUCCAACAAACUUAUUUGGAUCAGAAUUGCCAACCUUCUUCCUUCCUGCUCAAGUUGAUUGAGAAAAAUUUGGAUGUUUAGGGUUUGAACAUCUAUAAAAAUGCAUAGGUUGUUAUCAGAGAUUUUGAUGGAUACCCAAGGGGGAGGAGAGUCGCUGUUUGGUUCGAUCAAGAUUGCGGUUCUACCCAUAGCCAAAGUAUUCACCAUGUGUUUCUUGGGGUUUCUGAUGGCAUCCAAAUAUGUUAACAUUUUGCCUGCAAGUGGAAGGAAGCUUUUGAAUGGGUUGGUAUUUUCGCUUCUGCUUCCAUGCUUGAUAUUCUCUCAACUUGGACAAGCCAUCACGUUUGAAAAAAUGAUCGAAUGGUGGUUUAUUCCUUUUAACGUUGUGUUGGCUACCAUAUCUGGUUCCCUUGUAGGGUUACUGGUUGCAUGCAUUGUCCGUCCACCAUACCCAUACUUCAAAUUUACCAUUGUUCACAUUGGCAUUGGGAAUAUCGGGAACGUACCACUUGUCCUGAUUGCAGCUUUAUGUCGAGAUAAAUCAAACCCUUUUGGUGAUUCUGCUAAAUGUACUCAAGAUGGAAAUGCCUACAUUUCCUUUGGGCAGUGGGUAGGUGCAAUUGUUCUAUACACAUAUGUAUUUCAAAUGCUUGCACCUCCUCCCGGAGGUUCUUUUGACAUUGAAGAUAGUAAACUUCCCAUCAAAAACACUCCGAAGGGCAGCAGCCCCCCGGAAGAAGUUCCCUUGCUCACUCAGGAGCCUGAAACGAUAGAUCAAGAUCCUCCCAAAGAUGGCAAGAUAAAAGUAUUCAUGAAGUUUCUGUAUGAGAAGUUGAAGCUGAAGCAAAUACUUCAACCCCCUAUCAUUGCAUCUAUACUAGCUCUCGUGAUAGGAACUAUCCCAUUUUUGAAACGGUUGAUCUUUACACCUGAUGCACCACUCUACUUCUUCACUGACAGUUGCUUGAUUCUUGGGGAUGCUAUGAUUCCUUGCAUUUUGUUGGCAUUAGGCGGGAAUUUGACGGAUGGACCUGGGAGUUCAAAACUAGGAUUAAAGACGACUGCUGCAAUUAUUUUUGGUCGAUUAGUUUUGGUUCCACCAGCAGGAUUAGGCAUCGUGACAUUGGCUGACAAACUUGGAUUGCUUCCACCCGACGAUAAAAUGUUCAGAUUCAUCCUUCUUCUACAACAUUCAAUGCCCACAUCUGUUUUAUCAGGUGCUGUUGCCAGUUUACGAGGGUGUGGGAGGGAGGCUGCAGCCAUCUUGUUCUGGGUUCAUAUCUUUGCAAUCAUCUCAAUGGCAGGUUGGAUUGUUUUGUAUCUCAACAUCCUCUUCUAGACUUUCUUUCUCAAAUGGAAAUAGAUGUGGAGAUAACAGCAUAAGAUGCAGCAGCAGGCCGUUUGAGUUUGUUUCAAGAAUCAAAAUCUUGCCAAGUAUGAGACGAUGAUUCAUAUGUUUAUAUUUGUUCAUAGUAAUUCACAUAGAGAGGAGAUAGAGAUGCAUGAUAGAGCCUUUCAUUGGUACUUGGUCAUGGAUGAUGGUGUUUUUUAUAUGUAAUGUUUGAUUGGAAACCAACACAUUCUGC